CAUAGAUAAUAUUCCUAUAUGGCCGAACAGUCGACACUCGACAGUAAUUUCUGAAAACUGAAAGCCACAGUAAAACUAGAAAUUGGAACGUGUCCAUAUUAUAUUAAAAUAUAUAUUAUCGCCCUAAUUCUUAAUAAAAUAACGAUAUUUCGCGUACACAUCACGCAGAAUAUAGUACCAAAAUGAACAGUUCAUAUCAAGGGGGUGUACCCGACGAUGAUUAUGAUGUAUUUCAAACAUUGUCAACAACAAUUGGAAGCAACAUAAAGAAGAUAUCACAAAAUGUGUCAUCCAUGUCAAAAAUGGUUAAUCAAUUGCAAACACCGCAAGAUUCACAAGAACUACGAAAGCAGCUGCGUCAGAUACAAAACUACACUCAAAAACUUGCCAAAGAUACUUCAAUCAUGCUGAUGGAUCUAAUGAAAAUGCCUGUGGAUAAACCAGAUCAAAAGCUAAACAAAGACAGGCUAAGUGAUGAAUAUAUGGCUACACUUAAUGCUUUUCAGGCAACCCAAAGAACUGCAGCCCAAAAGUCAAAAGAAGAUAUCAGAAAAGUUAAAGCACAGAAUAUUAACAUUGGUGAUCCGUUUGCUGUUGGUAGUGGAAACAAGGAAUUACUGGAAUUAGGCGAUCCACCAAAGAAACAGGAGCAAAUGACUAUGCAGUCAGAGCGAGAGCUUAUGGAACUUGAACAGCGCGAGAGUGAUAUAAGACAAUUGGAGAGUAACAUAAUGGAUGUCAACCAAAUCUUCAAGGACCUCGGAACUAUGAUACAUGAUCAAGGUACCGUGGUGGACUCCAUUGAAUCCAAUGUAGAGUGUACAUUGCAAAAUGUCGAGAAUGCAACACAGGAAUUGAGUACCGCUGCUACAUAUAAGAAUAAGCUGCGUAAGAAGAAAGUCUACCUGACGUUGAUACUCAUAAUAGUGAUAUCUAUUAUUUUUAUUAUUAUUUUCCAUAAUUAAUUCUGUUAGUAGUGAUUCGUAUAUUUAAUAGAUAUAUGUUGGAGUGACGUUUCUGUGAGCUGCUAUUGAACAGUCUAGUAAUGUUGGCAAAUCAAACAAACAAACUACUCAUAUUAACAGUAUUACUCAUCGGUGUUAACCGAUUUGACGUUGACGUAGAUCAUUUCUAAGCUCUGUGACUUAAAAGACAGUGACAGCUGACAGUAACGUCAUUACACCGACAUAUACCAUUUGUUAUUAUAACAAUAGUAAUGUUCACCGAUGUAUCAUUUGCUCCUUGUUAUAUUUUAUAACGUGUUUCCACUUAAAUUUAGCUUGCAAAUAUAGUAAGUGGUUUUGUUUUAUCUCACUGUGUAUAUAUUAUUCAAGGAGCAUCCAUAUUAGUCGACUCUUUUUGAUUUAAUUGCCUACAACUUAUUUAAUUUAGGUCUAGAAUUUCUUAUUUUAGAUAGGUUUUAUUUGUGUAUAUGGCAUUAGUUACACGAUUUUUUAAAUUAUGAAUUUGAUUUUUUUAAGUAUAUUGUAAUGAAAAGUUUCUCCAGAAUUAUUUUGCUAUUGACUAAACUGAUCCAAGAGAAUAUUUUUAGAAAUUAAAAAAAAUAGACUACAUACGUACUUGUGCGUGUGUCUUUACCAUAACCAAAUGCGAACGUCAAUAAUAGAGCGACGUAAAAAAAUUUUUUAAUCUAUUUUUAUUUGAUCUAGUAUUAUAUAAUAUUCAGUAUGUACAUUCCACCUGAUGUAUAUAUUUCUUAAGCUUUCUAAGAAUACCUGGCCUAGUUUCUUCAUCAUGUGACUCUGAUCUCUGAGGUCAUGGAUUUGAACCCUGGCUUUGCACCACUGGACUUUCUAUGUGCGCAUUUUAUAUUCGCGCGUGCGGUGAAAGAUAGCAUCGUUAUAAAACUGUCGACGAUAUUUGUCAGGCACAGGAGGCUAAUCACGCCUAUUAGAUAAUCAUUUCAUAACGAAAUAGUUACAUAAAUCUAAGGGCCAAACCUAAAAGGUUAAUAUAUAUUAUUGAUGUAUAAUUUAACAUAGAUUUAAGUAUUUUCUGGUAUUAAACAAUUGUUUUGUAUAUUGUUAAAUUAUUAUAAGAUUAGACUCGUGUUUACUAAAUAUGUUAGAUUGUCUAGCAUUAUAUUAAUCAUAUUCUAAUCACACGAACAUGCAUUAAGCUUUCUAAAGACUUAAUUUGUGUAUUAAAUGUUUACAUGUAUAUUCUGCUGACUGUACCUACUUAUAUAGAUUUAAGCAAUAUUUAUAAGCAGCUGAUGAAUUUUUUAUAUGAACGCAAUUUGUAUAUGUUAACGAUUUGCUUUCUUUUCACCAUGCAAUAAAUGCCUAAACAAGUGUAAUUUGUAUUAAGUUUUUUUGAGGUGCAUCUAGGUUUUUCCUUUGUAUGUAAUAAAACUAUAUUAU